AUGUCACAGUCACGUUCAAAUGACUCAUCAUCGGAGGUGUGUUUUCCGAAACAAUCAAGUGCAAAGUCAAUCAGAUCAUCACGAUCACAUGGAAGUUCCCGUACACAAUCAACAUCAGCCUCGGCUAGGUCUGCAAAGAUGGAGCUCGCUAGACAGGAAGCCGAACUCAAAGUUAAGCUUGAAUUCGCAGAAAAAGAAAAGUUUCUGAAGCUUCGUGAGCUGGAAGAAGAAAAGCAGUUUGAAGUGGAGAAAAUAGAGCGUGAGUUGAGGAGGGAGAAAUUUGAAAUGGAGAGGCAACUGGCAGAGAACCGUGCUGCUGCAGAUGUUUUCACUCAAUUUGAAGAAGCUGCAUCUUGCCGAUCUGAGCUUAUUGAUGUGCCGGUUGAUACCAGUCAUAAUCUGAGGAAGUUCCUCGACGCAGAGAAUGCUGACCCCGUUCCUGCAAGUGAAAGCCCAGCACCAGUUCCGAACAUUUCACUGAACCCCUUUGCAGAGCCCUUCGACACGAUUCAACAAUUCCCUAAUCAUGAUGCGACGUUAGUCACCAACAGCUCACCAAUCCAACAUCACACUCCACAGGAUGGGUGGACCAAGAUAGCCUCGUCACUUGAGAGAGUAAUUACCCAGCUAGCUGAGAAGAGUAUCCAGCAAGGUGAAGUAAACAAGCGACUUGCGGUCUCAAGCCAACUUCCAAAAAUUAAUGUUCCUGUGUUCGUGGGAGAGCCACUUCACUAUCCACUAUGGCAGAACGCCUUCAACGCCCUCAUCGACUCAAAGCCACUAGACGUGGACACCAAGCUAAAUUAUUUGAACCAGUACGUAGCGGGAAAACCGAGACAAGUCGUCGAGCACUACAUGCUGAUUGGAACCGAGGAGGCGUAUCAAAAGGCUAGAGAUGUGCUUGCCGAUAGAUAUGGCAACACAAGUGUCAUCAGUUGUGCUUUCACGACAAAGUUGGAGAAUACGUCACAUUGCACAAAAGUUUGUGCCAGUCCCCAUCAGAAUGGUGAAGGUGACCACUGCAUGAUCAUCCCGGUGAUAGUUCGAACCAAGAACAACCCAAGUAAAGAGUCCAUAGAGUACGCAGUUCUUGAUGAUCAGUCCAAUAGCUGUUUCGUGAGCGAGAGUCUUUGUGAUCGUCUUGAUGUUCAAGGGCCAGAGACUCAGCUUCUUCUGACGACGAUGCAAGAGCGAAACGCAUGCAUCACAAGCAACCGAAUCCUCGGUUUAGAAGUUCUUGACAUCGCCAGAGAACAUGCUGUUGACCUCCCUGUCUGUUUCAAGCGUGACGAAAUCCCUGCCAAAUGUUCCCAAAUUCCUAAGCCUGAUGUAGUCAUGCAGUGGCGCCAUCUUGAGCCUAUAGCCCAGAAACUGAUGCCGUAUGAUCCAACUUACCCUCACUUUGUGUAUGGCACAAAAGUCAAAGAAGUGUUUGAUGCUGAGAAAGUUCUGCGAGUACUGGAGUCAGAUUUCCAGAUGAGCACCAAACACAAGCCAUACUCAGUGGAAGAUGCGAACUUCAUUAGAAUUCUCGAGACUGGAAUCACAAAGAAACCGGAUGGCCACUACGAGAUGCCUCUACCCCUGAAACAACAUGUGUCCCUUCCCUACAACAGAGCGCUAGCUGAGAAACGAUGGCAGCAGCUAACAGCAAGAUUCAAGAAACGACCGAAGUUCUUUGACGAUUACUGUGUUUUCAUGAAGGACGUCAUUCAAAAUUGUGCUGAGCAAGUCCCUACUGAACGUCUUGAGGUUCGAGACGGCAAGGUGAACUACGUUCCUCAUACAGGUGUGUACCACCCUAAGAAACCAGACAAAAUCCGUGUAGUUUUUGAUUGUUCUGCUCAGUAUAAGGGAGUUUCCCUCAAUGACCACUUGAUGCAAGGUCCUGACUUGAUGAACGGCUUGGUGGGCAUCUUGUGUAGAUUCCGCCAGGAAGAAGUAGCCAUCAUGACUGACAUCAAAGGAAUGUUCCAUCAGUUCUUCGUAUCCGAAGAUAAUCGAGAUCUCCUUCGAUUCCUGUGGUGGAAAGAUGGUGACCCAAAUAACAAGGUUGUAGACUACCGGAUGAAAGUUCAUCUGUUUGGUGCAGUCAGUUCCCCUGGUUGUGCAAACUUUGGUCUCAAGCGAGCAGCCGAUGAUGGUGAAGAAGAGUUUGGGAAGCAGUCUGCCAACUUCAUCAGAAACGACUUCUAUGUUGACGACGGCCUGAAGUCAGUAGCCACAGUGAAGGAAGCAAUCGACCUGAUCCAAGCCAGCAAAAGUCUAUGUGCAAGUGCAGGGUUGAAGCUGCACAAAAUUCUGUCCAAUAAGAAGGAAGUGCUUGAAUCUGUUCCCGCUGAUGAAAGAACAACUGGAGUUAAAGAUCUUGAUCUUCAUGUAGAUCCACUCCCUCUAGAGCGAGUACUUGGAGUCACAUGGUGCGUUGAAAGCGAUACUUUCCAGUUUCGUAUAGAAUUACGAGAUCGCCCCUUCACUCGUCGUGGUAUUCUUUCGGCAGUCAGCUCGAUCUACGACCCCAAUGGCUAUGUAGCACCCGUGACAUUGAAGGGUAAGCAGAUUCUUCAGCAGAUGUGCCGUGAUAAGCUUGGAUGGGAUAACCCAAUCCCAGAGAGUCUUCGUCCGCAGUGGGAGAAAUGGCGUCUUGAGUGUGUUCACCUUGAACACUUGAAGAUACAACGAUCCUUCAAGCCAGAAAACUUUGGUAGUAUCAUGGAUGCCGAACUUCAUCACUUCUCCGAUGCUAGCGAGGAAGGAUACGGCCAAUGUUCCUAUCUCCGUCUUGUGAAUGAAACUGGAAACGUUCAUUGCUCCUUCGUCAUGGGAAAAGCAAGGGUGACCCCACUGAAGCAUGUGACCAUCCCAAGACUGGAAUUGGCUGCAGCAACCAUGUCUGCAAAAACAAGUGAGUUUUUACGAGCCGAGCUUUCUUAUCAGAACAUGAAGGAGUUCUUCUGGACUGAUAGCAAAAUUGUUCUGGGAUAUGUGACCAAUGAAUCCAAGAGGUUCCACGUGUAUGUUUCAAACCGUGUACAGCAAAUUCGCAACGCAACCGACCCAAGUUCCUGGCAGUACGUUGACACACAAUGCAAUCCUGCCGAUGAAGCUUCCCGUGGUUUGACUGCUGAACAGUUGGUGAAUAAAUCUAGUUGGUUGACUGGACUGGAGUUUCUUCAUCAAGGCGGUGCCCACAAAAGCCCACAAGUAGAAAUGCCAAAGCUCGAUGAGACAGAUCCCGAGGUGAAGAAAGCUGUAGUCUACGCGACCCAUGUUUUGGAUGCAAACAACAAGUUCCCUGACCAUUUUGAGAAGUCACGAUUUGAUCGGUUCUCCAGUUGGCAUCGUGCAAAGAAGGCUGUUGCUAUAUGUCUGAAGUUCAAGACGAGGCUUCACCAAAGAAAUCCCCAAGGUUUGUCUAAGGUGGUUGACAUUCAUCCAUCACCGAGAGUAAUCAUCCAGGUGUCUGAGAUGAAGAAAGCAGAGAUAGAAAUUCUCAAAAAAGUCCAGUAUGAGCACUUCAAGAAUGAAGUUGAAAUUCUCCAACAGCUCGGAACAAGAGGAGAGUUCACAACGAGAGAGUUAGCUCGGAAACGUAACCAGAGUCUCAAAGCGACUAGUUCUCUCUUCAGACUUGACCCAUUCCUUGACGAUGCUGGUUUGAUUCGAGUAGGUGGACGGAUUGAAAGAGCCAAUGUGUCAUCAGAGUUGAAACAUCCAGUCAUCUUGCCUCGCAAAGAUCACAUCACUGAGUUAGUGAUAAGGCAUCACCAUGAGAAAGUGCAUCACAUGGAUAGAUGUACUACACACAACGAGAUGCGCCAGAGAGGGUACUGGGUAAUCGGCGGAUCAGCAGCAGUUUCAAGCUACAUCGCUUCAUGUGUAACAUGUCGAAAGCUCCGUAGACCUCUGCAGAAGCAGAAAAUGGCUGAGUUACCAGAGGACCGACUUCAACCUGCGCCCCCGUUUUCGUACUGUGCUGUGGACUAUUUUGGUCCAUUCUACAUCAGGGAGAGACGAAGCGAAGUGAAACGCUGGGGUGCACUGUUUACCUGUAUGGCGUCCCGAAGUGUCCAUCUAGAAACAGCGAAUUCCCUUACUGCUAGCUCCUUCAUCAACGCCCUGAGUAGAUUUCAAAGCCGAAGAGGGCCCAUCCGUCAGUUGCGCUGUGAUCAAGGAACUACCUUCGUUGGUGCCCGUAAUGAAUUGAAGGAUGCACUAGCAGACAUGGACCAAAACAGAGUAAGAGAGUACCUCCUGGAGUCUGACUGUGAAUGGAUCCCCUUCAAAAUGAACACUCCGCACUCGAGCCACAUGGGUGGUGUAUGGGAGCGGCAGAUAGGCACGGUACGUAGUAUACUUUCAUCUCUUUUCCUGAAGUCUGGAAGUCAGCUGGACGAUGAAGCCUUCCGAACCCUUAUGACCGAGAUAGAAUGCAUCAUUAACUCAAGGCCUCUCACGACUGUCAAUCUGUGUUCUCCAGACGCCCCCGAACCGCUAACUCCAAAUCACUUGCUAACCAUGAAGCCCAAGGUUGUACUGCCCCCGCCGGGAAGAUUCCAGAAGGAAGACGUGUACUCGCACAAGUGGUGGAAAAGAGUACAGUAUCUGGCUAACGAGUUCUGGGUGAGAUGGAGGAAAGAGUUUUUGCACAACCUACAGGAACGCAAGAAGUGGACCAAGCCCGAGCGGAACAUCCAGAAAGGAGACGUUGUCAUAUCCAAGGAGACCGACACAACCCGUAACCAGUGGCCCCUUGCUCGAGUGAUCGAUACUUAUCCUAGUAAAGACGACAAGGUGAGGACCGUCAAGCUGUUGAUGGCAGAUGGUGAACGAGACAGCCAGGGAAGGCGUAAGCGCCCUCCAUCUAUCCUCGAUAGACCAAUACACAAGUUGGUACUCUUGGUUCCUACCCAGGACAAAUGUCUACUUCAGAAGACCAGAGACGUCCCCGACGAAGAGCCAACAUGGACCACUACCUUGACUAAGUGA